UGUUGGUAGAACAUGGAUCUUCUUUACUCGAGCACUUUAGGAGGUGGGAUUGCAAUAGAAAUUGACGAGAAAUCGGAAAUAACACAUGAAAUGGACACUGAUGAUUAUGAGAGUUCUCAAAUUAUCAAACGGCAAUUUGAAAUCCUUCGUGCAAUCAAGGAAAAUCACAAUGAAGAAGAAGUUGAGAGCUGCAUAGACGAACUUGCAGAAAUCAUAGAUGAUUCCUCUGCCUUUGAUAUAAAAGUAUUUGAAAACGAGAGCGCAGAGACCAUUGUGUUAGAUGCGAUGGGUUUGUUUAUCACAAACUGCGCAAUUCAGAGAAAUGGCUCUUUUUUCCUUUCCCAUCUGAUAGAAGAGAGCUCCAGAUGCAGAGAAGAACUUAUAAAGAAGCAAGUACACCAGUUUGUCAGCAAUCUCAUGUUAAACUAUUCUCAAGACUACUGCAUCCAGGCCAUGUGUUGUAGAAUCAUAUCUUCUAUAAUUGAAUGUUCAGACAUCAGGCUGGACCUGGUAUCUUUGGGUCUGAUAACAAUGAUUGUUAUGGCCAUGGAGACUUUUGAAGAACAUGAGGAAUUCCAGUUACCUGCUCUCCAGCUUUUGAAUGAUAUUCUUUUGGAAGAUUCUCCAGCUCAAGAUGAGUUUGUUUUGCAGGGAUUUCACACUGUCAUUUUGAAUGUAUUGAAAAGUCACAAAGAUUCAGGUGAAAUCACUGAGCAUGGGAUAUUGCUUCUGGUAUCCCUUUUAAAAAGCCAAAAAGCCACAACAGAGUUGCUUCAUGGAGGGAUUGUGACAGUUGCCAUGGAAACAAUGAAGACCAAGCAAGACUGUGGCAACCUUCAAGCUAUUAUUUGCUCAUUGUUAGUUGCACUGGCAAACGAUGAACUAGGACAAAGAGUAAUCGUCGACCUUGGAGUAUGCAAUGAAAUAAGAACAGUACUUCGAAGACACAGAAACCAUGCCGAUAUCCAAAAACGAGGCCUUGAGGUCUUUGCGCUUCUCUCACCAAUGAUGAUUAAAUCUCAGGAUAUAAGUAUGUGUUUGGUUAACGGAAAACUAACAGGCCAGUCUUUAGAUCACUGGAUGAAUGACAUUCUUGUUGCCAUGGCAACACAUGGUGACAAGCCCGACGUCCUAUGCAUGGCAUGCUUUGCACUUUGUAAACUGAUCAACAGCUACCCAGGCCAGGCUAUACUGAUAGGCGAUGAAGCUGGUCAGAUUCCUGUCCAUAGCUCCAUCAUGGCUGCGCUAGUGCUGCACCUCGACAACUCUGAGCUCUGUCAGUGGGCGUGUCAAACGCUGGCUUGCAUAAUGGCACAAUCUCAAAAAGUCCAGAAGGAACUGACCAGCAAAGGGGUGUACAUCUACAUCAUUGCAUCCAUGAAGAAGCACAAGAGACAUGCCCAGACACAGCAAUGGGCGUGUCGCGCUCUUCGCAUACUCUGUACUAAUGAUGUGGACUGCAAGAUGAACUUAAUAAAGGAAGAAGCUUUGGAUAGGAUCACUAAAGCCUUAUUCAGGCUUAAGGAUGACUUCGGCGUCCAGGAAGAGGCUCUAGCAGCGAUUGCCUGUCUGGCUACCGAUAUCGAGCUGGUCCGCCACCAGUGCGCCACGGAUCAGGUCCAUAUAAGGAUCCUUGAAGGCCUGAAAGCAAAGUUCCUGGAUUUUCCUUCAUUAGUCGAGGUUUCGUUAGAGGCUCUAGGUGUUUUGUCAGCUGCUGAGGAAAUCCCCGAGCUCCUUAUUAAAGCUAGUGCAAUACCUAUCAUCAUUAAAGCCAUGGCAGCCCAUUCGAAGCAUGCAGCGAUCCAGCAGAAAGCCUGCAUACUAGCACAGAUUCUGGCAAGGUUCUUGAAUGAAACCUUGUGCCUGUCUGUGGUCACGGCCAUUCUGCAAGCCAUGUUCGAGUUCUCACUAGACGAGGCCGUACAGGAGGAGGCGUGUGUCGCCUUUCAUGUCAUUUCGCAGAUCGAGCCUCAGUACAGCGAGAUCCUUGUAAACCAGUGCGCCCAUGAGCGGCUCUUCUUCAUCCUCGAGAACUUCAGCAGUAAUAGGAGGCUUGUGGACUUGGCCAGUCAGUGCUUGUGGCAUCUCGGGAUUCAAAGGGACCUCAAGGCCAGGAUGCUGCUGUCUGCAUGUGCUGGCGGGCUCCUUAAAGGCGCAACGUGUCUUAUCCAGAUCGGCGCAGAUGUCAAUGCUGGGGAGGGCACCAAUACCCCGCUAUGCGCCGCAUGUAAGAACAACAAGGAAGAUAUGGUCCAGUUCCUUCUAUCGCAAGGCAUAACGGAUGUCCAGACUGCGCUGAUGCUGUGUCUGGAAAUGAGGCACAAUAACUUGGUCGGAAUUCUGCUGCAGAAGCUUGGGCAUGAUCGUGAGGCAGGGGUGAUAGCAUGGGGCGGACUCAAACUUGGAGAACUAAGGCCAGAAUGGCUCUCACCUGCGCUAUCAGGAAGGAACUACUCCGUACCUUUAGAGUCAGCUUGGGGUGAUUACCUUCGUGAGGCCGAAAACGAGUGGCACCGAAGAUUGACGAUCAGUAGCGACCUUACCGAGUCCGAACCGAAUCCUUCUCGAAAGAUUUCCGAGUCCAUCACUGAGGAUGAGUUGGACUGUGGUUUGGUAGCGGAGCAGAAGGGGAAAAUCACCAAGACCUCCCCCUUACGAUUUGAUAGCCUAAGUGGCGCGGCACUACCUUACAGUCGUUACGAUCCUAGAGUCGUCACUCCCUUUUCCAAGCGAGACACAGUGAUUCUUCCCCGGACUGCCUCGCGAGCCUCCGAGGAUAGAACACAACCGAAUGCAUUCGAUUUCCUCCGAAGAAAAUCCCGAAGUAUGUUGAACCUUUCAGAACUCAGUCAAUCUAGUCAAAAAGCCGGUAUGGAUUACAGUUUCGCGGAUACUCAAUUCGUGGGGGACCCGGACGACUCUUUCAAAGCCUCGUGUUUGAGGGAUAGAAUCAAUAGUUGUGACCGACAACCCUCUAGGAUAAGGGCUUCGGGCUUGUUCGAGAUGCCCGAUAAUACGUACUUGUACUUAUCCGAGACUCCAACUGGAAUCAGGAGCAUGGAUAGCUCAAGCACCUUGGAGGAUAACAUGCUAAGGAAGACAUUUCCUCUCAAGAGGCGAAAAAUGAGCAGGGCGUCACUGAAUCAAAAGAUGCUGACGAACGCCUCGGUCCGCGUGAUCGAUCUGUCCCGUAACGGGAUAGGUGAUCUACAGCCAAUUGCCGAUGCUGGGGAGUACCUGUUCAUGCAUCUGAGGAACGUAGAAAGGCUGGACCUGAGCGGCAACUUCCUCCAAGACUUCCCACCCUUACUGCACGAAGCGAUGCCAAAGCUAGAACACAUGAAUCUCAGUCAUAACGAGUUCGAGACGUUCCCGUACUGCCUUGUGAAGUGCAAACGCCUUAAGAGUUUGGACCUCUCGUACAAUAAACUAACAAAUUCCCCUCCCCCGCUAUCGAUAUCUGCUUCUAUCUUGCUGGAGGAUCUGUCCUUAGCGCAUAAUGUCUUGGACUCCUUCCCCGAAUGGUUAGGAGAGUUCCUGCCUGGUCUCACCAAGCUCUCUGUUGCUGGUAACAAUAUCAAAUCGCUGCCGUCCACCGCCCUUGCUGUGCGCAGGCUGAAAGACCUUGAUAUUUCACACAAUCACAUCGAGUCCAUACCCGAGGAAUUCCUGAAGGAGCUCUUUAUAUUGAACACUCUGAACGUGUCCCAUAACUCUCUGGAGUCACUGCCCGAGUCAGUGGCCCCAUUCCUUCAGAACCUGAAGAUCCUAAAGAUGUCAUAUAACAACCUCGCGGGCAAAUCAAGAUUCCACAUCCCUCGCUUUAUUUUGAUGCUCCCGAACUUGAAAGAACUUGACUUGUCAAAUAACAAACUGACGCAUGUGCCCCCUCCCGAAGCCUGGACGACAAGGCAACUGAAAGAGCUCAUACUUGCGCACAAUAAGAUCAAGAGUAUCUCUCUUGAGAACAGUACUGGUAAAUGGUCGAACCUUGAACGUCUCGUUCUGAGUCACAAUAACCUCAAGUGCGUACCCAGGGGAAUCGGCGAUCUCACCUCUCUUACCUCCUUAGACCUCAGCUAUAACCCAAGUAUCUGUUUUCUCCCGGACGAGAUGGGAAAGCUGUGUAAUCUCUGGGACCUGCAGUUGAAUGGGUUGAAGCUGGACUUGGAUGACUCAAUGCAAGGGAAGUCUAAAGAGCUGAUUGCGUUUUUGCACUCGAAGCUGAUGAACUCUGUGCCUUACUACCGCAUGAAGCUGGUCACGGUAGGAAUGGGCGGACGGGGGAAGACCACUCUGUUGAAUCAGCUGCUCAAGUCUAAGGCGAGCGCACCGCACAACGAGCUUAUUAUAAGGGACUGGGCUGUGCGAGAUAGUAAGGCCACAUGCAAGUUCUGCCACCAUCGCUCCGUCAUCUACACCAUCAGUACGUGGGACUACAAGGGUCGAGAUGAUCUCCAUCACGUGUUCCAGUGCCUCAUGUCCUCGCGUACGCUCUACCUAGCCGUAUAUGAUGUCAGCAAAGGAGUCCAGGAAUUUGAGAGCCUGCGGUCUUGGCUGUUGAACAUCUACGCAUGCGCACCUGAUGCUCCUGUUAUGCUAGUGGGCACUCAUCUUGACAAGGUGCCUAAGGACAAGCUCAAUGAGGUACUACAAUCUAUGCGAGACAAAGCCCAAAGCUUGUACAGCAGCAGUGCAGGUCUGCCCGAGAUUAAAGCCCACGUGGUUCUUAACUGUACCGCGGAAACCCCUGGCAUUCAAGCGCUCCGGAACCGCAUUGUCAAUCUCAUCGUCAAGUGCAAGUGUAAGGGCCACUCCCUGCUCGGGUCACGUGUCCCUCAAGCCUUCGUCCGACUGCAGCAACUGGUACUCCAGGAGACGGCUAGUGGGAAUUCUGCGCCUUUUCUCUACCGCGGGGACCUGAGGCGACUCCUACAGGAUAAAGAGGAUGAAGUCAGUAUGUGUGAUAGCGAGCUUGGCCAGGCCGUCAAGUUCCUACAUGAAGCAGGAGUUCUUGUACAUUACGAUGACCCGGUGGCACACCUCAGCGAUGUGUUCUUCGUCAAGCCCGAGUGGUUGUGUCACGUGAUCUCAAGUGUCGUAACCACGGGCAAUGAUAAGGGCCUGGUGACUAAUGGUAUCUUAAAGAGAGAUGAUCUUCAUUCCUUGUUCAAGCCGGAAGUCGGAAGUCACGCUGAACUGAUGCCUCAAUUACUCAGGUUGUUGGAGCGCUCUGGCGUCUUGUUGCCGGUCAACUCAACGGAAUUUCUUAUGCCCUCCCGCCUCAGCCGUAAGGAACCGACCAUUACACUACCUAACCCCUCCCCUGAGAGGAGCUGUCGACGGCUGUACGACCUGGCCUUCGUGCCGCCUGGGUUCUGGGCUCGACUCAUCGCCAGGCUCCUGCUCUUCGCGCGGUCUAUGAUUUCCGUGGACCUAAAUGUGACACAUGAGGAUGAGCCCCAUCAAGUUGAGCCCGCGCUACACUACUGGUGUGACGGCGUCUACGCCACGUGGGAGGACCACGCCUAUUUCCUCGUCAACCAGGACUCCUCGGAAACCUAUGGAACCAACAUCCUUUCAAUUCUUGUCCCCAACACUAAACUGGGCUUCCGUCUCCUUGGCAACCUGACUGAUCACGUGGACGUACUGAUAGAGGAGUGGUUCCCAAGCUUGAACGGUGUCGAUCCCGUGCAAUGCCUACCCCUCGUGUCCAGGCUCUGCCCGUGCCUGGUGUGUGAGGGCGAAUACUCUCACGCGUUCGCCUUGGAGGACUGUACUGAGUACGCCUGCACGCACGAGUACGUCACGUGCCCGAAGACGUCAGUCACUAUGCCACUACAGCACGUUGCUCCAGAUGUUGUCCUUGCCGACUUAGAUCAGCAGUGGAUGUUGGACAGUGCUGAGCUGUGUCUGGAGGAAAAGAAGGAGAAUGUGUUGGGUGAUGGUGGAUAUGGCACUGUGUACAAGGCCAAGUAUUAUGGGCAGUUCGUUGCUGUCAAGGUUUUUCGUAAGGCGACAGAUGUCUGUCCGCAUCGACUCCUCCGUCAGGAGGUGCCAUUCCUCAGUCGCCUGCGGCACCCAAGCAUCAUCAACAUGAUAGGCGUGGCCUUGAAGCCACGGGCGCUGGUCCUAGAACUCGCCCCGCUCGGCUCACUCAGCUCGCUCCUUAGCAAGGGGGAGGGCCUGAGUCGUGGGCUGCAGCACCGCAUUGCACUACAGGUAGCAGAAGGGCUGGCAUACCUACAUAAACAUAUGAUCGUGUACCGGGACCUCAAGCCGCACAACAUCCUGAUCUUCUCCCUGUCCCUCGGCAUCCUCAUCAACGCCAAGAUAUCCGACUACGGGAUCGCGCGCUACGCCACCUUAUACGGGCUUACAGCACCGGAGGGUACUCCGGGAUAUCGCGCACCUGAGGUCGCCCGUGGUGAUGUCGCGUAUAACAAGGAGGCUGACAUGUACUCGUUUGGUAUGUUUCUAUACGAGCUCGUGACAGGAGGCAAGCGUCCGUUUGAGGACCUGCGCUUCCGCAGUGAGCUCGACGCGGCCGUGGUACAGGGGCGUAUGGUUGAGCCAAUCACAGACUCGGGAUGUCCGCCUUGGCCCGAUGUGUCCGACAUGAUCGAACAUUUGCUGGAACCGCGUCCGGAUUUGCGACCCACUGCUCAGGAGGUGUUCGAGCGGCUGUACACAGCGGAGCUCGUGUGCUUGAAGCGCGACGUGGUGGUCUGUAAAGGUCAGACCGUGGAGUGCAUGGCUGUCCGACAUUACACGGAGGGCAACACGGAUCGCAUGGAAGUCUGGACCGGAAGUGGUCUGUCCGAUAACUACACCGGUCAGGUGUCGUGGUUCGACAUCGCUGAUACGGGGGGCUGCAGGGGAACCUUAGUGAGUGACAAACGCAUUAUGUGUAUUACCGCUGUACACAGUCACCUGGUGGUCGCAGGAACACAGUCGGGAACCCUGUGGAUAUUUGACGCAUGGACUCACAAAUGCUUGCACUCGUUACCAGCCCUCCCUGACGCAGUGCUCUGCCUACGUCACUUUUUCGACAUCAAGACCGGUCAAGAUGUGGUUGUCGCAGGUCUGGCAGACGGUAAGCUUGCUGUAUACCAGACGAUCUCUUUGCAAAAACAAGACGCUGUCCCUCACAUGGUAACAUUCUGCCGUGCCGGAAGUGACGCAACUUGCCAAGACUGUGCUUCACAUCCGAUUGCAUGCAUUACUCAAGCUCGCAAACGCCUCUACGUCGGAUGCGGAAAUGACGUCAUAGUCGUACAGCCUAAUGAUGGGUUUGCUGUGGAGCGGCGAUGGUCUGUGCAGGAUCGAAACAGGGGCCUGGUGAAUAACAUCGCGGUUGGCGUUCAAAUUUGGACAUCAACAAAAGACUCUCCGAGCGUUGAUUUCUGGGAUGUCUCCAAGGUGGUGCAUCAUGGAACGAUCGACUGUCGUUCUAUAUUAGAGGCCAGCGGUGUCAACGAAGACUCACAUGAAAUGCGCGUCGUUUGUAUGCUACUGCAUAGACGCACGGCACUCUGGGUAGGCCUGGGGGGCGGUCACGUGAUCGUGCUCUCUCCCACUACCUGUGAUCCUUUGUGCGUAAUCAACCGUCACGUGGGAGCUGUUCGCUGUCUCGCGCUUGCGGCGCGGAGGUCCAUCGCUGGAAGGCCUGUGUCUUUUGUCCUGAGCGGAGGCAUGGGUUUUCGAGAGAGGCCUGGGUAUAGUAGGAAGAAGGCGGACUUUGGGUAUGUGCUGGUCUGGGAGGCGGAUAUCGGCGAGCAGGUGUUGGCAUUGAAUGAUGACAGAAUCAAGAGGGAAGAGUGCAUUGCGCUAUAUAGCGACGAAUAGAAUAUAUUAACGAAAAAGCGAACAAUUUUGCUUUGAAAACUGUCGUUUUUUUUUUUUUGCACUAAAUACCACAUUUGGGUCCGCAUAAAAAUAUUUUUCGCUUUUAUAUCGCCCUGAAACCGUGUAAGUCGAAAAUUUCCACGUAAACUUGCAGAAAUUUGUGUUUAUUACGAUUUUGCUGGCCGUCAACUUGAAAACGAGGCCUAGUCCCUAACGUUCUAGAUCACCACGUGUUUCCCGCGCGCUCGCCCCAGGCUAUUUUAGACCGUUUAGAAAUACAACUAUUGAUUGAUAUAGUACCAACAGGUGACAAUCAUCUCACAUUGAGAUAACGGGCAAAUCAGGAAAUUGAGCGAUGAAACAUUUAGGAGUUUAUAGAGUACCAGUUGUUCUGUAAAUCGUUAGAUAGGUUUCUUAAGACAAGACUUAGGUGAUAGGGCCACCCCGAAGGGUGGAGGUACAAUUUUCAAUUUAACUUGAACACACUAUAAAAAAAAAAUACAAACAAAUCUGUGCAUUUGUUUUUAAAUUAAAAAUCAUAUAAAUUGUAAUAUUUAAUUUAUGAUACAAAGAUUUAUUUAAAUUGAAGUCGUUGAUCCAACAAUUAUGUGUCCAUUUAGUAUUACACAUAAAAUAAUAAAUUUAAUAAAAGUCUUAUAAAGAUAAA